AGGCUUUUUUGGCUUGCUAAAAUAUGCAAUGUCUUCUAGAGAGCCGGGUUCUCUUUCUGCUACAGUUUGUUUUCUUUCUGGCAACCAGCCACGUCGAGUUCUUUCAGCCGGACAACUUCCACUUUCCAGACACAGAGCAAGAGCACUUCAUCAGGUCUCACACUGAAUUGUUCUCCGUGGUCCGUCCAGAAAAAUUGAGUUGGGACGGGCAAUUUGUCUCAUUUUCAUUGACGCAUCACUUCAACCACGGGCGGAAUAAGCGUGAUUUGGAGCCAUCUGAAACGUACGUCUACUACAAGGUUAUUCUCGGAAACUGGGAUUUAAUUUUUAAUCUUACAGUCAAUACCAAUUUAUUGUCAAAUCAAUAUGUACUGGAAAGAAGAUCCGGGUCCGUUAAUGGAACGCAGCAGCAGGUACCGCGGAAUAAUGCCUGUCACCUCAUUGGGAGCGUGACGAAUUCCAGUGUGCAAGGGACAGCAGCUGUAAGCACCUGUAAGGGAUUGACAGGGUUCUUCAGCUUACCCAGUGGGCAUUAUUUCAUUGAGCCCGUCCGAGGGUGUGAGGCUGACAGCGGGGAGGGGUCUCACCCACAUGUGAUCUACCAGAGUUUUGCUCACGUGAGGGCUGACAGACACCGACGCAGUCCUGAGGCUGAGGGACCGCCCAGCACAUGCGGCCUGAAAGAUACCGUGGAGGAGUCCCUGCGGGUGGAAAGGGAGAGGGAGCAAUGGGAGCAGGAGCAGCUGGAGCAGGGAGGCCCACGCAGGAUAUCCCAGCGCUCCGUCAGCAGGGAACGCUGGGUGGAGACCAUGGUGGUGGCCGACUCCAAGCUCAUCGACUACCACGGCAGCAACAAUGUGGAGUCCUAUAUCUUUACUAUCAUGAACAUGGUGGCUGGGAUUUUUCACGAUGCCAGUAUUGGGAAUGCCAUCCACAUCAUUCUGGUCCGCCUCAUCCUUUUACAGGAAGACGAGAAAGGGUUAAAGAUAGUCCACCACGCAGACAGCACACUCUCCAGUUUCUGCACCUGGCAGAAGAAUGUCAACCCCCAGAGUGACACUCACCCUGCCCACCAUGACGUCGCUGUGCUCAUCACCAGGAAGGACAUCUGUGCAGGGAUGAACAAGCCUUGCGAGACUCUGGGGCUCUCUCACCUGUCUGGAAUGUGCCAGCCUCAUCGCAGCUGCAACAUCAAUGAAGACUCAGGCCUCCCCGUUGCCUUCACCGUCGCUCAUGAGCUGGGGCACAGCUUUGGAAUCCAUCAUGAUGGUCAGGGGAAUGACUGUGAGCUGGAGGGCAAACACCCCUUCAUCAUGUCCCGACAACUGAAAUAUGACACCUCGCCCCUCACCUGGUCCCCCUGCAGCAAGGAGUAUAUAACUCGCUUCCUGGACCGUGGCUGGGGAUCCUGCCUGGACGACCGGCCCUCUAAGAAGGACCUUACCAAGCCCCUGGCGGCCCCAGGUGUGCGGUACACCACGCAACACCAGUGUCAGAUGCAGUAUGGCCCCAAUGCCACCUUCUGCCAGGAGGUGGAGAAUGUGUGCCAGAUUCUGUGGUGCUCUGUGAACGGCUCCUGCCGCUCCAAGCUGGAUGCCCCUGCAGAUGGGACCAGAUGUGGACAGGACAAGUGGUGUAUCUCCGGCGAGUGUGUGAUCGUGGGCAAGCUGCCAGAGACGGUGAAUGGGGGGUGGGGGAUGUGGAGCACCUGGUCCCACUGUUCGCGCACCUGUGGGGCAGGUGUGCAGGCAGCGGAGAGAGAGUGCAACAAGCCCAAGCCAGAGUUUGGUGGUAAGUAUUGUACGGGCGAAAGGAAGAGGUACCGGAUCUGCAACAUCAAACCGUGCGCCAAGCAGCAGCCCACGUUCCGCGAGAUGCAGUGCAGCGAGUUUGACACCGUGCCCUACCAGAAUGAGAUCUACCAGUGGAUCCCUGUCCCCAACACGGCAAACCCCUGUGAGCUGCACUGCCGCCCGGUGGACGAGCAGUUUUCGGAGAAGAUGCUGGACGCAGUGACUGACGGAACCCCCUGCUUCUCUAACAGCAGCAGGAAUAUCUGUGUCAACGGCGUGUGCAAGGAGGUGGGUUGUGAUUAUGGCAUUGACUCAAACGCUGUGGAGGACCGCUGUGGGGUUUGUCUGGGAGAUGGCUCCACCUGUCAGACAGUCCGGAAGAUUUUCGAGGACAGGGAGGGUUUCGGUUAUGUGGAUGUGGGGCUGAUCCCAGUGGGAGCGCGGGACAUUUUCAUACAGGAAGUUGAAGAAUCUGGGAACUUCCUGGCACUGAGGGGGGAGGAUCCGGAGGAGUACUACCUAAAUGGGCGCUACAUCAUCCAGUGGAAUGGAGAGUACAGUGCAGGCGGGGUGCCGGUCUUCUACGAAAGAACCGGAAACCUGGAGAACUUAACUUCCCCAGGGCCCACAACAAAGCCCAUUGUGAUCCAGCUGCUGUUCCAAGAGAAGAAUCCUGGUAUCAAGUAUGAGUACACCAUCAAGAAGAGCCGACAGAAAGGAAAUGAGAUCCUCGAGCCUGAGUACAGGUGGAAAUAUGGAGCCUGGACAGACUGCAGUGCUUCCUGUGGGGCAGGACUGCAGCACCAGCCAGUGCGCUGCUUCGAAGCUGAGGCUGGGGUGGUGGAGGAAUCCCUCUGUGACCCGGCCAACCGACCAGAGGACCGACACCGCAAAUGCAAGAACAUGGACUGUCCCGCAAGGUGGUGGGUGGGCGGCUGGCAGCCGUGCACAGCCACCUGCGGUCCAUCAGGGGUUAAGAAGCGGACGGUCCUCUGCGUCCGCACUGUUGGAGGGGAGGAGCGCGUCCUGCACCCCGGAGACUGCAAGCAUCUGCUCAAACCCAAGCCCGUGGUUCCCUGCAAUCGGGACCUGCCAUGUGGAUCAAACUGGGCCAUGGGGACCUGGAGCGAGUGCCCUGUGUCAUGUGGAGGAGGGGUGAGAUCUCGGAUGGUUACCUGUGUGACUGCACCCAGAGUCAGGUGCGACAUCUCCACCAAGCCCCGCUCCAAGUCCCUGUGUGGCCUCCAAAGUUGCCCCUCCAGCACCAGGAGAAGGAUCAUCACCAAGGUCACUACCCAUAAGCCUGAGACCCAGUCUCGGGGACCAGAUCACUCUCCCUCAACAAUAGCACCAGCAACCAUUAUGACCUCAACAGUUGCAACCACAACAACAACAACCAAAGCAACCACCCCCAUUGCAACUACCAGCCCUGUCUCCCACUCCACUGCUUCUGACUUCAUCAACAUAGAGGACUAUGAGUUCAACUUCAUCGUGGUGAAGAACACCAGUUCAGGGAACAGAGGAGGAGUCACCCCUAAACGCAAACCUGCUGGCAGGGGCUCCAAAGGAAAUUAUGUCACAGAGGAGGAUGAAGGAAGCACUCCCAGUUUCCAGUUCCCAGAUGUGGAGCUGAAGUAUACCCCUGGGUAUGACUACAUCAUAGAGGACACCACCGCCGCAGGGCCAAGGAUCCCAGAGGUGAGCACAGUUACAACACAUGCCCCUCUUGGGUCAACUACAUCCAGGCCCUCAACAGGCGCUUACAGAGUGAUCUCCACGACUCCAGCACCACACACCACCACAAGCCAAAGGGUCAGAACCACAAGUUGGCCCCGUCAGACUACGCCCUUCAUCAAGCCAGAUACUAAGUGGAAGCCGAGAACCACGGGCACACCCAAAACUACCCAGCACCCUCACAGGGGCUCGGUAAAGACAAGCAGCACCACAGAGGUCCUACACCCCACAGUGACAGUCCUCAGAGUAGGGUUUGGAAGGACCAUUGUGCCCCCACAGAGAAGCAGCACCAUACCACCACCGAAGGGACACAGGUCCGGGCCCGUUCCAGAUCCAGUGAGCUCCACUAGCGACCACGAGAACCUGGACGCCAAGCCCACAGUCAGCAUGGAGGUGUCCUGGGUGGUGGGGAAUUGGAGUGAGUGUUCCACAUCCUGUGGCCUGGGUGCCAUGUGGAGGACCGUGGUGUGCAGCUCCUCUCAGGAGAGCGACUGCAUUGGCAUCAAGAGGCCGGAACCUGCCCGACGGUGCCACCUCCGCCCCUGUGCUGCCUGGCACAGCGGGAACUGGAGUAAGUGCCCAGAGGGCUGUCUGAGUGGCGUGAAGCAGCGCGAAGUGCAGUGCAUCGACACCCAGAGCAAGCGGCAGCUGCGCCCAUUCCACUGCCAGGCUUACAAGCCCCCCAGCUCACGGCCCUGCUCUCCCCAACUCUGUCGAGAGUGGCACCACUCCCCCUGGGGCAAGUGCUCAAAGACCUGUGGGGAGGGGAUGAGGGAGCGGCUGGUGUACUGUCCUGAGCACAACCGCUGCAACCCCAACCAGAGGCCCAGCAGCACAGAGCCCUGCAACCAGCAGCACUGUAGCCAGUGGGUCACAGAGCCCUGGGAGGAGUGCACAGUGAGCUGCGGGGGAGGGGUGCAGCACCGCGUGGUGAGGUGCGCGAGCGGAGAGCCAGGGAUGUCGGAGAGCAGCGCUCUGUGCCCAAAGAGCACGAGGCCUGACAGCUUCCAGAAGUGCAACCUCCAGGAAUGUAAAAAGAAACAAGGUGGGAGAUGCCAUAAGGACAGUAUGUCCACCCGCUUCUGCGAGAAGCUGAAGCUCCUGGGCCGCUGCUCUCUCAGCUCUGUCCGGAAACAGUGCUGUGUCACCUGCAUGGGGUAACUCCAGUGGUUGCCCCCCACGCCAGACUCAAACUGCCACGCACAUCACAGACGGGGGCUGACAAAACUGGUUUCAUCCAAACACAACACACCACAAACAGAUUCCUGCUUGAAUCUGAUUACAUCCCAUCUGUUUUUGCUGUAAAUGGGAACUCCACCUAGAUACAGAAUCUGCGGUUUUCUCCUUACAGACUUAUGUUUUUUUUUCUUCAUUGAUGCUGUCAAUCACAACUGCUCUGGAAUACACAGCCUUGUUUGCACUUUCUGGACUUCAUACUCUCAUCGUACUUUCUCUGCAAACACUAUGCUCAGCGCAGCCUCUAACCAAACUGGGUCCAAACAGAACUGGACCACCCUCUGGCCAGUGGCCCUCUGAGACUCAUCUGUUCUGACAGUACCAGUUUCCUCAAGCCUCACAGGAACCACAGCAAAAAGAGAUAAGCAUUCUGGCUGCACAAAACAUUGAAAGUAACCA